AUGAAAUACACCACUGUAUUCGCUCGACAGUUUGCGUUGGCGAAAACGCAUUUUCGACUUGCACCAAAAAUACAACCCGUUCGUUUACUAAGAGUCGGAAAAGCAAGCUCACAGAAGACUGAAGCAGAAAUACCUAAUGUUUUUCCAUUAUUACCAUUGGUAACCAAUAAAAUAGCGCUUAGUGGAUUUAGUGAGAAUAUCGACAGUUUAUUUAGACAAAGAAAGAGUAAUCUCUUUGUAUCACCGCCACUAGCAACAAAUACAACACUGAUAACAGCAACCUUAAAAUCUUCUGACUCGAUGUCGCCCUUUCAGAAAUAUAAAAAAGUCAAACAUCCUACUUUGUUAGUAAUGAAGGGUGAUACAAGUAAUGUCAACGACAAUGACGGUAUAAAUCGUGUUGAUAAAAACACAGAAUUAGAAAUGAUCACCUGUAUUGUUCCCACGAACGAAGGUGAGAUUAAAGAUGGUGAAAGUGAUAAUAACGAUAAUAUGACGUUAGCAAUCGAAUCUGGCAACAUAGAAGAUACCAAAGAAGAUACGAUAAACGGACAAGAUACAAAUAAUAAUGACAGUAUAAAUCGUGUAGAUAACAACAGAAAAUUAGAUGGAAUGAUUAUUUCCACGAACAAAGAUGAUUAUAAAAAAGCAAUCGUCACUGAGGUUAAAGACAAUGAAAGUGAUAAUAAUGAUAAUAUGACGUUAGCAAUCGAAUCUGGCAACAUAGAAGAUACCAAAGAAGAUACGAUAAACAGACAAGAUACAAAUAAUAAUGACAGUAUAAAUCGCGUAGAUAACAACAGAAAAUUAGAUGGAAUGAUUAUUUCCACGAACAAAGAUGAUUAUAAAAAAGCAAUCGUCGCUGAGGUUAAAGACAAUGAAAGUGAUAAUAACGAUAAUAUGACGUUAGUAAUCGAUGGGAAUGACGAAUCUGGCAACAUAGAAGAUACCGAAGAAGAUACGAUAAACGGACAAGAUACAAAUAAUGUCGACGAUAAUGACGGUAAACACACAAAAUUAGAAAUGAUUACAUGUAUUGUUCCCACGAACAAAGGUGAUUAUAAAAAAGCAAUCGUCGCUGAGGUCAAAGACGGUGAAAGUGAUAAUAAUGAUAAUAUGAUGUUAGUAAUCGACGGAAAUAACGAAUCUGGCAACAUAAAAGAUAUCAAAAAAGAUACGAUAAAUGGACAAGAUAUAAAUAAUGUCAACAAUAAUGACAGUAUAAUAAAUCAUGUUGAUAACAACAGAGAAUUAGAUGGAAUAAUUACCUGUAUUAUUUCCACAAACGAAGAUGAUUAUAAAAAAGCAAUCGUCGCUGAGGUCAAAGACAGUGAAAGUGAUAAUAAUGAUAAUGUGACGUUAGUAAUCGAUGAGAAUAAUAAAUCUGGCAACAUAGAAGAUACGACAAACGAACAAGAUACAAGUAAUGUUGACGACGAUGACAGUAAAAAUAUAGAAUUAGAAAUGAUUACAUGUAUUGUUCCCACGAACCAAGAUGAUUAUAAAAAAGCAAUCGUCGCUGAGGUCAAAGACGAUAAAAGUGAUAAUAAUGAUAAUAUGACGUUAGUAAUCGACGGGAAUAACGAAUCUGGCAACAUAGAAAAUACGACAAACGGACAAGAUACAAAUAAUGUUAACAAUAAUGACAGUAUAAUAAAUCGUGUCGAUAACAACAGAGAAUUAGAUGGAAUGAUUAUUUUCACGAACAAAGAUGAUUAUAAAAAAGCAAUCAUCACUGAGGUUAAAGACAAUGAAAGUGAUAAUAACGAUAAUAUGACGUUAGUAAUCGACGGGAAUGACGAAUCUGGCAACAUAGGAGAUAUGACAAACGGACAAGAUACAAGUAAUGUUGAUGACAAUGACAGUAAAAAUACAGAAUUAGAAAUGAUUACAUGUAUUGUUCCCACGAACCAAGAUGAUUAUAAAAAAACAAUCGUCGCUGAGGUCAAAGACGAUGAAAGUGAUAAUAAUGAUAAUAUGAUGUUAGUAAUCGAUGAGAAUGACAGAUCUGACAAUAUAGAAGAUACGACAAAUGGACAAAAUACAAGUAAUGUCAACGACAACGGUAAAAACACAGAAUUAGAAAUGAUUACAUGUAUUGUUCCAACGAAUCAAGAUGAUUAUAAAAAAGCAAUCGUUGCUGAGGUCAAAGAUGAUGAAAGUAAUAAUAAUGAUAAUAUGUCAUUAAUCGAUGAAAAUGACAGAUCUGGUAACAUAGAAGAUUCUGUAAUAUUAGACUUGAAAUUCGAUUCCUGCAUAAAAGACUCUCGUAUUGCAUAUCCAUUUUCAAAGUGUACGCGUGCUGGUUUUUUACUUUCUAAUACGAUUAAUUUUUCAGAUCUCUAUCUCAUGAUUUAA